AUGGUUGAUAAUUCUAUUCCUAGCACGUCUAGACAACAAAAGACUGGUCCACCAAACUAUUACAUUUUUUCACCAAUACGAAGCAAUGAAAGUGAUAUUGACGACUCCGAUGAGGAUCCCAAUUUCCGAUUGGUUCAGAACAGUAAGACCCCAUCUAUUGUCGUACCUCGAAUUGCAUCAUUGACCCGGAGCAGCACCAGCAGUAGCAGCAGUAGCAGUAGCAGCUCGAGUUCAUCGACAUCUAAUAUUUCGUCAGACACAGAAGAUGACAGUGAGCAAGCAGACCCUCAAAAUGGUAUGGUUGCUGAAAAUAAUUCCCAAAAUCCCGAGGUAGAAAAAAAGAGUAGAAGGAGGCAACAGCUUUUUGAUGCAUUUUGGGGACUCGGAAACCUUGAAAGGCAGAGAGAAUUUGUAGUACGACACUCGCAACCAAUAAAGCCUAAAUAUCGAUACUCAAGCACACAAGACUUUAGAGCUCUUAAUACCGCUUUUUAUUUUGAGGUUAAUGGAUGCAAAAUUAGAGUAUGCAAGCCAUUUUUUAAAUCCACUUUGGACUUGAGCUAUAAGGCAAUAAAAACGGCACUUAAAAAACAAACAGAAUCUGGAGUUAUUCAAGCGGAUCUCAGGGGAAAACACGCCAACCAUCCAACUAUUGACCCACAGAUUAAAAAGAGUGUAAUAGAUUUUAUAAAUUGUAUCCCAAGAAUAGAAUCCCACUACUUAAGAGCACAAACAAGUAGAGAAUUUAUUUCAUGUGAUAAAUCUUUGGCAGAUAUCUACAGAGAUUAUAAACGAUUUCGUGAAAGGGAUGAAUUACCUGUUGCCACGUCUUCCACAUUCAACAGGAUAUUCAACACCGAAUUCAACAUUUCUUUUUUUGUACCGAAAAAAGAUCAAUGUGAUUUGUGCGAAAGGUACAAAAACUCAGAUGAAGAAGAAAAGCGCAAGUUAAGCCAAGAAUAUGAAGAACAUCUAAAAGAAAAAACUUUGGCAAGAACUGAAAAAGAAAAUGACAAGAAUAGGACAGAUGGUACCAUCAUAGCAGUUUAUGACUUGCAAGCAGUAUUGCAGGUUCCGAAGGGACAAAUAUCCCUAUUUUUUUAUAAAUCCAGGAUCAAUUGCUUCAAUUUUACUGUCAGCGAUUUAAAGGCAACAGAUGUCGUGUGCUACUUUUGGGAUGAAACCGAAGGAAAGAGAGGAGCUGUUGAAAUUGGUAGUUGUAUACUCGACUACAUUAAAUCUCAGGUAGACCACACUCCCAAUAAAGAAAUUGACGUAAUAUUCUACUCAGACAAUUGUGGCGGUCAACAAAAAAAUAAGUUUCUGUUGUCUGUCUAUGCCUACGCUGUCAACAAGUUGAGAGUUAAGUCUAUUACUCACAAGUUUUUAAUCCGCGGUCAUUCACAAAAUGAAGGGGAUAACGUUCAUAGUGUGAUUGAAAAACAAAUUAAAAGAUAUUUGCAGUCGGGUCCAAUAUACAUACCAGAGCAAUAUAAAACUUUGAUUGGUACAGCCAAAAAGACGGGAAAACCUUACAAAGUCAUAGAAAUGACUCAUAAUAAGUUUUAUGACGUCAAAGCAUUGCAAGAAUCGUGGGGCACCAAUUUCAAUAUAGACGAGGAGAAAAAUCAAAUCAAGUGGCAUGACAUUAAGGUUCUCAGAGUUGAAAAAAAACACCUUGAAGCGUUUUUCUACAAAACAUCAUUUACUGAGGAAACUUUUAAAAAAGCUUGUGUGCGAAAGAGCAGGGUUCUCCGCGCAAGAGGAACCGGUUCAACCAUAGAUCAAUCGUUAUUUUCAAUUGGCUUAACACAGGCAUACACUGACAAAAUUGCAUUGUCGGAAGCUUAA